GCGAGCGGGGGAGGCGGCGCCGCGCCCGGCGCGAGCCCUGCCCGGGCGGCGGCCCCAGAGCGGCGGCAGCGGCGCCUCGGGCGCUCCCGCACGGCUCGGCCCGGAUCGGCUUCUCAUCCCAAAGCGACGGAGAAAAAGAGCUCGAUCCGUUUGUAUUAGUUGUUGAUUCUCGGCGGUGCGGGCAGCAUGGGGCUACCGGCGCUGGAAUUCAGUGAGUGCUGCCUGGACAGCCCGCAGUUCCGGGAGCGGCUCCGCUCGCACGAGGCCGAGCUGGAGAAGACCAACAAGUUCAUCAAGGAGCUCAUCAAGGACGGGAAGUCGCUCAUCGCCGCCCUCAAGAAUCUGUCGUCGGCCAAACGCAAGUUUGCAGAUUCCCUCAAUGAGUUUAAGUUCCGCUGCAUCGGCGAUGCUGAAACAGACGAUGAGAUCUGCAUAGCCAAGUCCCUGCAGGAGUUUGCCACGGUGCUGCGGAACCUGGAAGACGAGCGCAUGCGCAUGAUUGAGAAUGCCAGCGAGGUGCUGAUCACACCGCUGGAGAAGUUCCGCAAGGAGCAGAUCGGUGCUGCUAAGGAUGCCAAAAAGAAAUACGACAAGGAGACUGAGAAGUACUGUGGUGUCCUAGAGAAGCACUUAAACUUGUCUUCCAAGAAGAAGGAAUCCCAGCUCCAGGAGGCAGACAGCCAGGUAGACCUGGUUCGGCAGCAUUUCUACGAGGUCUCCCUGGAGUACGUCUUCAAGGUGCAAGAGGUCCAGGAGAGGAAGAUGUUUGAGUUUGUGGAGCCUCUGCUGGCCUUUCUGCAGGGGCUUUUCACCUUCUACCACCAUGGCUAUGAGCUUGCAAAGGACUUCAGUGACUUCAAGACAGAGCUGACCAUCAGCAUCCAGAAUACAAGGAAUCGCUUUGAAGGAACGAGGUCAGAGGUUGAAUCACUGAUGAAGAAGAUGAAAGAGAAUCCUCAUGAGCACAAAAACAUCAGUCCUUAUACCAUGGAGGGAUAUCUCUAUGUCCAGGAGAAACGUCACUUUGGGACCUCCUGGGUGAAGCAUUACUGCACGUACCAGCGGGAGUCCAAGCGGAUAACGAUGGUGCCAUUUGACCAGAAAUCUGGAGGAAAAGGGGGAGAAGAUGAAGCUGUUAUCCUGAAAUCUUGCACACGGCGGAAAACCGACUCCAUUGAGAAGAGGUUCUGCUUUGAUGUGGAAGCCGUGGAUCGGCCCGGUGUGAUCACCAUGCAGGCGCUUUCAGAGGAGGACAGAAGGCUUUGGAUGGAGGCAAUGGAUGGCCGGGAGCCGGUCUACAACUCGAACAAGGACAAUCAAAGCGAAGGCACUGCCCAGUUGGAUAAUAUUGGCUUCAGCAUUAUCAAGAAAUGCAUACAUGCUGUCGAAACAAGAGGGAUCAAUGAACAAGGACUCUACAGAAUUGUUGGAGUAAACUCUAGAGUUCAAAAACUGUUGAGUAUAUUAAUGGAUCCAAAAACUGCCACUGAAACAGAAACUGAGAUCUGUGCAGAAUGGGAGAUAAAGACCAUCACUAGUGCCCUGAAAACAUACCUGAGAAUGCUUCCGGGGCCGCUCAUGAUGUACCAAUUUCAAAGGAGCUUCAUCAAAGCAGCAAAACUGGAGAAUCAGGAAUCCAGGGUGUCAGAGAUCCACAGCCUCGUUCAUCGUCUCCCAGAGAAAAACAGACAAAUGCUGCACUUGCUCAUGAACCACUUGGCAAAAGUCGCAGAUAACCACAAGCAGAACCUGAUGACUGUUGCUAAUCUGGGUGUGGUAUUUGGGCCAACACUGCUUCGACCCCAGGAGGAAACAGUUGCUGCCAUUAUGGACAUCAAGUUUCAGAACAUUGUGAUUGAAAUUUUAAUAGAAAACCAUGAGAAGAUAUUUAACACUGUGCCGGAGACACUGCCGUCAAACUCACAGCUGCUGCUGUCCCGUAAGAAGAGCACGGACUCGAAGCCUCCGUCGUGCAGUGAGCGGCCGCUCACCCUAUUCCACACUGCGCAGCCCAAUGAGAAGCAGGAAAACAGAAACAGCAUCAUCAACUCCAGCCUGGAAUCCGUCAUCUCGUCCAAUAUGAACAGCUUCCUCAACUCCAACAGCGCACCCCAGUCCAACCUGAACACAAGUGAUCUCGAACUAGAAGUAAUUAAACCCAACAGGCCAAAUUCGCUGGUGCGUCCUGCACGUCUUGGUCUGAGCUGUGGGAUCAGCAGUGUGGGUCUGCUCUGAGCCUGCGGGCUGUGCUCCAGGCUGAGCCCUGCAUUGCUGCUUGAACUGCUUGACCCAUCUGGAGAUAACUGCAGCAAACACAAAGGACUAUUCUUCUGACUUAAAUCCUAUGACUGUUGUCAGUACUGUUGAUCUCUGGCCAAAUCUGUGCCAUUGCUUCUGCUAUUGCUUCCUUCAUCUGGAAAGUUCAAGGGAAAAAAUAGCGACCUCAGCAAUGACUCCCAGGGGACGGCCAAGUUAUUUGUGUAGUCCCCUGGACUUGACACAGCCUUGCACCACGGACGGCGCUGCCACGGGGAAUUUCCUUCCUGCCGUGGCCCUGCUGGGCCGGCGCAUUUUCCCACAGAACCUCCUCUCCUGCACACAUGAUGAUGUGCUCUGAGCCCUGCAGCCGUGGUCCCUCGAGCCCAGGCUGAUUCCCUGUGUCCGUGUAGGUCAGUGUGGGGCAGCCUUCCUGCCCUGUGUCCCCAUGCGGCCUGCAGUGCGGCUCUUUCUCACCCAGUCCUGCAACCAGGCCCUUAGGAGCCCGUGGUCAACACUUGGAUUCAGCUGGUUUCUCCUGGGUCCCCACAGAAAUGGCUUGGUGCCGCUGCUGGUGCCCAUGGUUGUGGCUGUCCUGCUGAUGUAGGAUGCAGCACUUGGGCAGCAGCAGCGUGUGGUGAAGGUAAGUGCAUGUGUGCAGAGCAGGGCUCUGGCCAUCACCCAUUGGUGUCACUUCCUUCCCACCACCUCUGCUGCCCCAAGCAGCCAGGCCUCGUACCAAGGCUGUGCAUUCCCCGGUCUUGGUGCUGCAGGUGUCCGCCGUGGGAUGCUGCACUGCAGAGUUGCAGCCACAGGUAGGACAGCACAGUGCUCAUCAGCACUGCUGGGUUUUAAAGUUUGCUGAGAUGCAUUCGUUCGUCCUUAAAUGUCUGCUUUUAACCUCAUUUGUCCCAUAAAAAUGUCAUUGCCAGAUUUCUUCCGCUGUGCUGUGGUAGCUGUAUGAAUUCAGAUUGUUUUGCUGCCUCUGCAGCUGGCUCCAUCCAGCCCACGGUGCUCAGCCCGACUCUGCACUGGGGGCAGCAGCAGGAGGUGUGGGUGGGAUGCUUGGGGUCAGAGCAGCCUGAAUGGUGCCAGUGUCCUGCAGUGCUGUCCUUUCUGCCCUGCUGUGCAAAUAACACCUGUACAAAGCCGGCCCUGUUCCUUUAAGCAGCGCAGUGGCUGGGGCUGUGCAGUAAUUCCCGUAUGCCCAUGGGCAAUGAGGUUGGUUGCUGUUAUCUGUUAGAGCUGUGAGAGUUUCCAUUGCUCUGCUGUAGUUACUGGAGCAGCGGUGCGGGUGUCGUGGCAGCAGGCAGGGUGUGUUGGUGCCUUGCUCUUGGUGCUCCUUCAGCUCCAUGCCAAACCCUCUGCCGGUCCUGUGAGACCCAUUGUGGAGCUCGUCUUCUUUUGGGAUUGGUGGGUUUGGUGCCAUUGAUUGCCUGGUCUCAGGCCCCUGGAUCAUGUGGGCAGUGUGACACAUGGUGACCCUGGUUUAUCCACUUCUGGUACGUUUUUGCUCACACGAGUUACAACUGGUAACAGCUGAUCUCAGUAGACUUGUUGGAGUAAAGUUGGUUGUGUCCCAAGGAGUGCAGUGGAGCUGUGAGGGGCCUGGAGCACACAUCCUAUGGGGAGCAGCUGAGGGAAUGGAAGUAUUUUCUAACCUGAAUGAUUCUGUGGUUUAGUGGUGAAGAAUUACACAUAUGAGGGAUUUCUUGGUUUGGUUUUGCUGCAGCGAGCCCUGAUACAUUCUGAGCUGGCCUUAAAACGUGGUGUUUAAUAACUGUGAGCGCUGUCUGUAGUGGUGGAGAUGCACGAGUGCAUCCCAAUGGUGAGCAGUGCCGUGCCCUCAGGCCGCUCUAUGCUCCUGCUCCUCACAUCUCAUGCAGAGCAGCCACACUCUCUGUGCCAUGGUGCCACAGCAGCCGAGGCUUUGCCUUCCUCAGUCCUGUUCCUCCAUCACCAGCCGAGAGGGAAAUAGUUCAGCUGUGGGAUGAAGGCUGUUCCUUCCCAGCCACCAAUCAGGGUUUUACUAUGGGAAUGCGCUGAUUUAUUAGGGCUGGGUUUAUUUUUAUGGAAGAAGCGCUCGGGGCGGGAGCUGUGCUGUGA